AUGCGUGGUGAUGUUUUCACCAUUCUUCUGGUCCUGCCUGAUUCUGGGAGCGUUGGUUAUUCCUUUGUUUUUAUAAAUAAUCAUAGGUUUGUUGUACCGUCACAAUGCUACAUCAAACUUAACAAUGGAGCAACGUCCUUGUCCCGUCAGUUUCAUUUGGGUAAUGCCGGGCCUCUACGGUAUACCGUGAAAUCUCCUCUCGAAUGCAGAAUUAGCUCCGUGCGCUAUCUCGGUGGUAAUGAAACGGACCGCAGUUUCCACCACAUCGUAAUUGAACACAACGGCUUGUACAACUUCGAGCCUGGGCAGUAUUGUGGUGUAUUGCCUCCUGGCAUAUCCGAGCGCACUAAUCGACCGCACCCCCCUCGUUCUUAUUCGCUCGCCCCAGUGCUUGAAGAGGAUGGCGUAGAUCCUAAGUCAUGUUUUUCGCUGGGUAUACGGGCUCCUGUGAUUCCUCCGGGUAGUGAAUCCCUUUUUCGCAACAUAUGUAUAUGUUCGCAAUUUUUAUCCAAUGCUAAACCUGGCACUCCGGUCCGCAUCACAGGCCCUUUCGGCAAGUUCGUAUUGAGCCCCGAAGACUUGCAGGGUAAGAACAACCUGAUGUUCAUCGCUACUGGCACCGGUAUUGUGCCUUGCAUGGGUUUCCUGAAAUCGCUGCUGAAGGCUUAUACUGAGGGGGAUAAGGAGUUUGGGAACAUUCUGCUGUUAUUCGGGAUUCAGACACCUUCCACGCUUCUCUAUCGCUCAGUAUUAGAUGAUUACGUGGAACGGCUCGGAGGCCGCUUUGUGUAUAUCCCGUGCUAUUCUCGUUUUGGUGACGAGUCUGACCGUUGUUACGUACAGGAUAAAAUAUUGAAGGCGCAGGAUAUCAUAAAGUCGAUGUGUUGCGAAGGUGGUCGGCAGUGCAGCAUUUUCGUAUGCGGGCGCAAGUCCAUGGAAAAAGCAGUUACAAGCUCAUUGCAAACCGUGUUCGCUGACAUGCCGCAGAGCGACACCAUUUUGUCGAACAUGAAGGUGGAGGUCUACCAGUGA